AUGGUUCCUCUGCUGUAUUACCAAUUGUUGAGCGCCGCUCUCUUCGGGAUCGGUUUGUAUGGCGUGUUGGCGCGGCGGAGCGCGGUAUUGAUUGUGCUGUCCAUCGAGCUGAUGCUAAACGCUGUGAAUAUCAACUUGAUCGCCGCUGCUUCAUACCUCAACGGUAUCGGCAGGGUUAUCGCCAUAUUCGUGAUAACCGUUGCCGCCGCCGAAGUCGGUCUGGCUUUCGCAAUCAUCCUGCGGAUGUAUCGGAACCGCGGCACCGUCAAUGUAGACGAGAUCAACCUGCUGAAGUGGUAA